CUUAGAUUACACUUCUUUAUUAAAUUGAGACUUUCUCUCCAUCUUUAUUAAUAAGUCAUAUUCCUCUUCCCAAUUUUCUUCACCUAUUUAUCCUCUCCUCCACUUUACUGUUCUCCUACUAUCCUCAUCACAUCAUGAGUGAUCCCAACUACACCAAUGAUUUCCAUGGAGGAUGCUUCAAUAAUUUCAAUCCCCUCCACUUCUACCCUUCAUCUUCCUCAGCUACCUCAUCUUCAUACAUCUACAACAAGUGCUCAUCCUACCCUCACUGUUACAAACCCUUAUCCCCAUCCUCUCCUCCUCUCAGAGAAGCUUUACCCCUCCUGAGGUUAAGCCCAGAAAGGCAAUCAGAUUCAUCACCAUCUUUGGCAGCUGCCAUGGAAGUUGACUAUUGCAACUCCAACAAUCAUGGGAAUGGAGAUGAGGAAGAAGAGAGCACUGUUAGUGUUGCUCUACACUUGGGGCUCCCAACUCUUGGUCCUGCUGAUGCUGAACUCAUCUCAAAGCUUUCAUCUUUUUCCAAUUUAGAGGAUAAUAACAACAACACUAGUUAUAAGUAUUCCAAGAAUGGGAAAGAUGAUCAAGAAUUGAGUCUGGGUAAUCAUAAUGAUGAUGAUAAUAAUGAAAAAAAUAACAGUAAUAGUAAUAAUAUCAAUAAUAUUAAUAGUUGGUGUUCUUCUUCAUCAUCUGCCUCUUAUCCUGGUGCAAGCACACUUCACAAGGGUCAAUAUUGGAUUCCCACUCCAGCCCAGAUUUUGAUUGGACCAACACAGUUCUCCUGCCCUCUUUGCUUCAAGACUUUCAACAGAUACAACAACAUGCAGAUGCAUAUGUGGGGUCACGGAUCACAGUACAGGAAAGGGCCGGAGUCGCUGCGGGGCACGCAGCCGACGGCGAUGCUACGGCUGCCGUGCUACUGCUGCGCGGCGGGGUGCCGGAACAACAUCGACCACCCUCGGGCGAAGCCGCUUAAAGAUUUCCGAACCCUUCAGACCCAUUACAAGAGGAAGCACGGGAUCAAGCCGUUCAUGUGCCGGAAGUGCGGCAAGGCGUUCGCCGUCCGGGGAGACUGGCGGACCCACGAGAAGAACUGCGGCAAGCUGUGGUACUGCUCCUGCGGGUCCGACUUCAAGCACAAGAGGUCCUUGAAAGACCACAUCAGGUCUUUCGGGAAUGGCCACUCCCCUUUCGGGAUUGACUCUUUCGAGGAGGAGGAAGACGACGACGACGACGAACCCGCCUCGGAAAUCGAGCAGGACAUUUGUAGUUAAUAAUGAAAGCUAGCUAGCAGUUGGUGAACGAUAUGCAUCAUUAUGGAUUAUCUUCAGUCUGUGUUCAGUUUUUGGUACAUUAUAUUCAGUGCGCAUAUAGGUAUGUAGGUGUAUGUAUGUGAAGGGACUAGCUAGUGAAAUGAAACAUGUUUACAUAAUUUGGGAGCUGAAUUGAAGUUGGUACCAAACUUGCAUAGUUGCAUCACUUACUCUUACUAUAUUAGCAUGUUUUGUAUUUUAGUUCCCAAAAUAUUUUGUUAGAAAGAAUUCUCAAAAAAUGGCUAAAAUAUGGAAGAAGUGCAAUAAUA